UCUGAAAAAAAACCGGAAGUUGAAGGAACUGCUAUGAAUGUCAAACAGCAGCACGGUGUUGUACGUCGUCUGGUAACCCGCUCCUAAACAUGUCAGGGUGUAGUUUAUUUAGGGCGGCAACGUUGACGAAGUGCAUCGCAACCAACGCUUCAACAUCGCUCUGCAGGACGAGUGUGUUCAGCAGAAUACAGAUAUGUGGAUACGCCAAGAAAGUUGCGGCCAAAGGGAAAGGGAAAGGCGUGUUGAAAACAGAGGUGAAGGGUCCAGAUGUGUGUAGAGACCCCGUUAGACUCACUUCUUAUGCAGUCGGAGUCAACAUCCUCAAGCAAGGAGAAGACCCCCAGCUGAAGCCCCAUGAUCAAUAUCCAGAGUGGUUGUUCCAGAUGAACUUGGGAAAGCCCCAAAAGCUGCAGGAGCUGGAUUCGGAAACCUGGGAAUACUGGAAGCGUCUGAGGAAGGAGAAGAUUUGGCAUUCCAACAGACUCCAUAAAGGGAAGAAGUUUUAGGCCAUCGCCAGACUGACCUGAGGGCUUCUACCCGUACGCUGGGUCGCUUCACACUCGAUGGACUGAUUUGCCUGUUUUGCUGUACGUUCAGAGUUCAGCUCCCCGAAUGAAUUCUCAUUCAACCAACUCUUUGUCAUUUCCGCUGUGUUAUUUUAAAUUUUGUAAGCAAAUUUAAUGGCCCUCUGGUGACAACACCUGUAAGCAAUGAGAAAGCUUGUUGAAAAAGAUUAACCCGCGGCCAGAGUAGAGCCUCAACAUUAACAUUUUAACAACACAAUAUGAACGUCAUACGUGUUCUUGACUUUAGAAACGUGGUUUGGUGAAACCACCAUUCGGAUUGUACUUCUCCGGUCAGAUUCCUUUUGAGAUGUCCGGCUUUUGAAGAUCUUGUGGUACGAGAUCUUCAGUGGUGCGCUACUUUGUUUAGUCAAUUUCAUAAAGGUAUUUUUAUUUGGUGCAUUGCACUGAAUGACCUUGUACAUGGCAAUAUUUCUUUUUUUUUUUUUUUUUUUUCAAUAUCGCAAAAGAGCAAUGGUCUGCUAAUAUUUCCACAAAUCCUGUUUCCUAUGUUUUUUUCUUCUUCUUGAAAACAUAUAAUAAAUAAAUAGGAAUAAGUAAAUCUCCUGCAAA